AAAAGUAUCCCCCGACCUUUCACCUCGAGAUUGUCGAUGUCGAUUUCACCGGCUAUUGACAGACAGAGAGGGCACAUGGGCGCAGAUCGGAAGCGAAUCUUCAUAGGUUUGGCGGUGGCGAUGUUCUUGGGAUCGGCAGUGUACAUGAGGCUUUGGACCAUCGACUUCUCCAUGUCUUCCGGCCAUGCCGAACUUCUCAGGAAAUGGAGGCAAUUCCACCUUGCGAACCGGGAGGCAAUGGAUGAAUCUGCGGAAUGGCGUCGUAUGUACGACCACGAACACGAUAGAGCUAAUAAAUGUAAAAGUGAUCUAAAUAAGCUUAAGGAAUCUUUUAAGAAGGUGGGGGAUGCUGCUAGCUUCGAUCAGAAGCUAACAAAGAUGCAAACGGAAAACUUAGCUCUUCGCACAAAAGUGGAUGCCUUACAGCAAAAGCUAAAGGCCGAGACGUCGAGAUGUGGCUCUCAAUAGAGCUAAUCAACAGACACUGAAUAUAGUACUAGCAUUGAAUUUGAAUUGAGAGGAGAUUAUUAUGCAAUCUCCACGAGACCAUUGACUUUCUCUUUACUUUUUCAUCUCAACCCAGCUGCUUAUUCCCAUAUUUCACUUCGGAGGAUUGGAUGGAUUGUUAAGACUGAAGUUUCAGCUGGGAUGACAAAGUGGAUAGAGGAAAGAGAAACAUUGAGCUGCAUUGUCGCUCCUCAUAGGCUAAGCAGUGACAAAAGAGGUGAAAAACAUGGAAGCUUCUUUUCAUGAAUCAAGUGUAAGUAUAAGGUUAGUUUGUAGAACAAUUUAGAGUACUCUUUUCUUCUCAGUACUCCUUUUAGAAUUCAAAUGAUUCAAUAAUUAAUUUGAAAUCCUGUUCAGAGCAAUUUAGAAUGUGGAAAUGAUUUUAAAUCUGGGGUUUUUAGGUAGGAUUUUGAGUCGAUAUUAUAUUUCAGCUGAAGACAAACUUAGAAACCAAUGAUUUGGUGUGACGUCACACUAUUAAAUGUA